AUGCCCAACAAGGUCACUGACAUGCACUUCCACCAAGAACAAGAAGAGGGCAAAACAUACUCAAAAACACCGAGAGGACACUUCGUAGUUUACGUUGGUACGUACAAGAAUUUGGAGAGAUUUGUAAUCCCAACAAGGUUUCUGAAGAACCCUUCUUUCCAAAAGCUUCUAGAUAAGUCGGCUGAGGAGUUUGGUUACGGGGAAGCUUACCGGAACAAGAUUGUCUUGCCAUGUGAUGUCUCUAGUUUCCGAAGUCUCGUCAUGUUCCUGACUUGCCACGACAAGAGACAUUAACCACAUAUGCAUGAACCCAACCCACUACUAUGUCUCGUCUGAAUGAUAAAAUGUGGUUAUAUAUAUAUAUAUCUCUCUCUUAAUUAUUGUAUGUGUUAAUUAUGAUUUGGAUCUUAUAUUGUACUAUAUAUUCUAACUUGAUUCAACUACGAGUGUAAGAUCUUUUCAUUAAUUUUAAGUUGAAUAUUGUUUCA